AUGUAUGAUGAACUUUUUAAAGAUAUAAAAAUAAAAAUUUCCGCGGCAAACUAUUUGUCUCUGACGACAGAUAUUUGGACAGCGGAUUCUGCAAAAAUCGCAUUUUUAAGCAUUACUGGACAUUGGAUAGAUCUAACUAAAUUUUCCCAAGAAACUGCUGUUCUUCGAGUAAUUCAUUUUCCCGGAAAAGCACACAGGUGUUCAUAUAAAAAGAGUAUUUACAAAAAGGUUUUAGAAACUGUUGAAAUCCCGUUAAGCAAAAUUCAUCUUAUUGUUACCGAUAAUGCAAGCAAUAUGAAGGCUGCAGUAAAAAACCGUGGAAUGUCAUCAAUUCCAUGCUUUAUCCAUACUUUGCAGCUAUGUAUUCAUGACUCUAUAUUUAGUCAAGAAACCAUCAAGGAAAUUUUAACUUUAUGCAGAGGAAUAACGACACAUUUUAAUCAUUCACCAAUAGCAUGUGCAAAAUUAAAAUCAAUUCAGCAGCAGUUAAGUACUGUACCUCACAAAAUGAAACAAGAUGUUCCAACUCGCUGGAACAGUUCAUUUGAAAUGCUACAAAGAACGUUUGAACAAAAAGUUCCUUUGGCCACCUAUGCAGCAGAAUAUAAUGAAAUUAAACUUCCUACUAAUUAUCAAUGGGGAAUAGUCGAAAAACUUGUUCACAUUCUUGCUCCAUUUGAAAACUUAACAAAAAAAAUGUGGUAG